AUGCGAGGGGCUUCGAGCAUUCCGAAGAGGCCGGGGUAUUCCCUUAACCUCCAUGCUGGUCCUCUCCUGCAGCCUCCAGACGCUACAGAGGUGACAAGCCUUCGACUCAAGAGCAAAAGUCGUCCGCCCUCCGAACUAUCCUCUGAAUUGUCGAGCCACUCUGCUACCUCGGCUCGUCAACCAAGCCUGCAAUCGACCCCUACGACCCACCACACUUCCCUUUUACCCCAUUCGUUCCCCUCUGCCGUCGCUACAUCGUCCAGAGUCAAGCUCGAAGACUUUGCUUCCAUCUCACCGAACGAUCCCCGGAUUCAGAGUCUUCAGUGGGCAAGCGACACGGAGCUCUACAAAGCUCUUCUCUAUCCUCCAAAAUGGAAUUAUCCAGACCUUCGACAAUCCCUUCAUCGUUAUGCCAGACGAGUGGAUCCACAAAAUUCUAUAUGGACCAAAGCGAUCGAACCAAGCUCAGCAUACCUCGCUCUGAGGGAAAGACCCAUGUUUCAGCAGUUUAUGGCUUAUAUCGAACCUCAGCUUGCAAGAAUAUACACCGAGCUCCAGCCUUCAGGCCUACAUCAACUUCUGGCGAGUGAUGUCUUUCUCCAUCACAAGGAUCCGAAAGUCUUGAGAACGUUCUUGAAAGUCCAAGCCAAGUCCCCCCUGGAGCACGCUCUUCGGCCUAGCGUUGUCGUCUCAAUGUACGCUGCGAUCAGGCCGUUGAUCGAUGCCGGAAGCCUACUUCCAGUCGGAUCACAGACUGGCAAAUCUGUCAUCCGAGCGUUGCUGGCACACGGUGCAGAUGACACAGAGCUUGUCAGAGUCGCAUGGGCCGACUUGUUACGAUCAUCCAACUGGAAAGAUCCACCUUGGGAGCUGUUCUCCGUCCCGGUGCAUCUAGGCAAGGAUCAUCUCGACAUCGCCUUGGAACAGCUCCGCGAACUUAGACAGGACGAUUUCAUCCCUUUUUCCAUCGAAGCGAUCGAGUCACAGAUCUCGAACGAUACCAAAUAUGUCAUCUUGUUGGUAGCUAGCUUGCGGAUGGCUCUCAGUCUUCAAUUUUAUGAUCCCUCUCAAACGGUGGCAACCAAAUUGUCGGAUAUGGCGGAUCACGUCGAAUUACCCAGAGUCGCGGUGUCCUACUUGUUCCAAGCCUGUCGAGUAGCUUUGAUUGGACAACAGGGAGCUCAAGUAGAGUGGGCGAGAUCAAUGCUAGCUUCUUUGGUUCGACGAGCCGAAAUUCCACCACUUGCUUCAUCUACCUUGGAUGUCUUUCUUGACUGUAUGGAUCCCCAGCAAGCUCUCUCUUUCUACGAGUCUCUCCCUCAAGACCAUGAGCCACCCUCACCUCGGAACAUUCUUCGACUUGUCGCUGCCAAGCCACGCAUAGAGACCGUCGUCUCGCUUCUGAUGGAUGUCGAUAGACUCUCACCCGGAGAAUUCUCGAAUCAACAGACCACCUUUCUGACCCACAUCGCUGCUGAGGGAGAUGACCCUAUAGUCAAGCUGUUGUACGAUCAUUGGAUCAACCCGGGUACCCUCACUGCUCCUUUGAUGAUCAAGCUGGUCUCGCGCUUCGGUUCGUCCAGCGAUUCAGAGUUGAAACACUUCGCUCGAGGUGUCCUCGAAGCCUUCAUCGAGCAUCAUUCACCAUCGACAUCCAACUCCAUCGCUAUCGCUUGGGCAUACGGCGCGCUUGGCCAGGACGAUCAAGCUCUUAGCAUGCUCAAGACCCUGUCUCCAGAAGAUCCAAAAGUCCAGCCUGCAAUCGACGAGCUCAUCUCACAGCGAGACCUGAGGACUUCUAGACUCCUCAUUCAAGCUAAACUCCUGGGACUGGGAACGGGUGAUCCACUCAGAGCCAUCUGUCACGCUUGUCUCCAUGGCGACUGGAGCGGAGUAGAUGAUAUGGAAAAGGUUCCUGGUUAUUCUCAGGAUAUUUCUCAUCUGCUCCGACUCUUGAAGCGAUCCGAUCUCAAAGCGGCGUGGUCGAUCAUCCAAAGGAGCCCUGAGUCACACCUUUUAGACAUUAAGAGACUAUUCCUGCAUCGUGCACUGGAUAGGGGAGAAUGGCAGAUCGCUCUUCUACUUUGGAGUUCUGUCGGGAAAGAAUGGCGACGAGAACUUGGCACUCUGAUCCUUCAGCGAAUCCAUGAUGCGCUCAAACAUGGCACGAAAGUCAGCGACAGGUUGAUUCCCGAGCUUCAAUCGACUCGGUAUAAGCGCUUGAAGGACUAUAUGGUGAAUCCCCGAUUCGGCACAAGUACCGCAUCUGGCGUCUUAGAGCAUGGUCGUAUCAGCGACAUGGUAGACAAAAUCGCAAAGCUUGCCUCCAAGCCAAAAGGUGUCAAAGGAAGAAGAACCACUAACAGGAAGAAUCCAGUAUUGCUGGACAGGAGUCCUCCCGUAUUCCAGGGUACCAGUAGAGUAGUAGCGACGGUCGAGACCAGGAAAGGCAAAGAGGUCCAUCUGGGCCUAAUCGAGAAAUCUCAGCGGGAGCCUGAGGUCCAGCGAGAACCUGAGGUGCGCCUGGGACCAAGACCGGACAUCAAGGCUUAUACUCCGUGA